AGGAGAGCUUUGAGCUUCAGCAUGAAGUGGCUAAUGACAGUAAGCCUGAUGUCCCUGCUGCUUCUUCUGAAUGUCGAAGGUGCUGACCCACUGGAAGCAAGAAUGAAACUUCAGGGAAACAGGGAAGUGACAAAAAGCAGGAAGUAUUUGCUUUUGAAACUGCUGGAUGGGUUGUUGGAGACUGACGAUAAUCUCUUGGAAAAUGGCUUUACGCCUUUGAACCCAGAAGAGGCAGAAGAGACCUGGUUGGAAGAGAGGUCGGUUAACGCUGGGAUCCCACGCAGAGACCAGAAAACUCCGUGUAAACUGUUCUUUUGGAAAACUUUUUCACACUGUUAAUUACCAUAUAGUGGAUUUUUCUAAACUAACGGAAUGAGAGAAAAAUGGCUUUUGUUUUCCUGUAAUGGCUUAACUUUAAAACUAUCAAAAAUCUACUGCAAUCAUGUUUAUUAACAUCCCAAUUAUUUUAUUAAUAUUUACAUAAAGUGCUUGCAAUAAAUUUAACCUGCAAAUUACACCUUUUGAAAUAUAUUAAUUUAUUGUUUUUUGUCAAAUGGAAAUCCAGUUAAAUUUUGUCAGGUCUUUUGAAUGUUCUCAUAUCUGUUCCUUUCCUGUUUUUCCAGCAUUAUUUUUUUUCUCAGUUUCCUGCUUUUCUGUGUCAUGUUGUCCCAAUUCCCACAUGAGAUCCAGUUUUAUCCCUCCUCCCCUUGAGGGAAACAUUUUCCCUGAUUCCCCAGACCAAUGUUUCUGAGAUUCUGAGACCUGAGAAAAAACUU